AUGGGCCAGCUCGUGUCCAAGGCGCCCCAGUACCGCUCCGAGAGCGACCGCUUGGAGCUCCAGGGACGCUACGUCGUGCACACGGCUCUUGCCUACUAUGGGACCUUCUACUGGAUCUGCCCGGCGUUCGAGAUGAUCGCUGGCGACGCGGUGCCCCUUGGCAUGCUCUGCCGCGUCUUCAACUUGGCCUUCCACGCCGCCUACGUCGGCCUCCUCCUCCCGUACCUCAUUGGUAUCCUCUUGGACGCGGAGGGGUACUUUUACCAUCUGCCGUCGAGCCUCGCCUCGUGGACCUUCCGCACCUGCAUCACAGGACCGGUGCUCUGGGCGCUGCCGUGGGCCGUGCUCUGGCCAUUCAUGCUUCUCAUCGCCAUCGUCACCAAGCACUUUGAGGAAGCCAAAACCAAUGCGCGGUCGGUAGCAGAGACUGUUGAUGCUCUCGAAGCGACGACAGAGACAACAGAGAAGGCAGAGACGCCCGUGCCUGCGUUGACACCCAUGGUAGCCGUCGAGGCGCCCAAGGCGCCAGCGAAGACCCCGACCAAGUCGUUGGGAAAGCUCAUGCUCUCUUGGCUCACGCCGUCCAAGCGGUCGCCGCGAAAGCGCUUUGGGAAACCGAGCUCGAAAGAACAUACAACGCGCGAGUCGGCCGAUACCAACUGA